GCCAAGGGUUUCUGUCAACUACGAACUGCCGGUGCAAAAGGUUCCCGGGUACCUGUUGUAAAGCGUCACAGCGACCGCUCUCACCCGCGCGGCAUCCCACGCAUGUUUGUAAGGCAAAUUGACACCCCGUCGGUGCACGGAAAAUUCGUUAAGAGAAGAAGGAAGAAAAAUUCGCGACUCAUUAAUCACGCUCAGAUAGAACCGAUCCUAACGAUCGCGGCAAGCGAGAGAAAUCGCUGCGACGAAUGGUGAUACGAGACUUUCCUGAUAAAGUCGCUCGCUUUGCCCAUCUCCUCGACUCGUCGAUCGAGUUCGUGUGACUGAAAGUGACAGUGAGGAUAUGCGCUCGUGAGGACGGCGUCGCGCGUCGCGUGAAAGGAUACAGUGUCGAUAGGCGGGCUCGAGAAAGUGUGCUAAGGUGGUAACGUGGUCUGCGAGAAAGAGGGAAAAAGAGAGGGAGAGUGAGAGAGAGGACGACGGGGGAGUCAAGUGCGACGAGGAGAUUGCGUCCGCGGCCAGAAGACAACGUGUGGCGAAAGAAGGUAGAGAAGGUAGGGGUGGACAAUCGGGAUCGCGCGGCACGUGGCCACGGGCGAAAGUGUCACGUGGGUGGUGGUGCAUCGCGCGGUCGUCAUUGUCGCGGGUGUUGCGUCGCGCUCGCGAAUUUCCGCCAACGUCCUGACCUAAUCGGGAGAAAGACUUUCUGGCGAGAAGGGAAACGGCUGCGGGAGAUUCGCUAAUUCGCGAAAGAAACGCGAACGGAACAGGCGGCAGUUCGCGCUCGUCGAUCCCCGACCGCCGACCCUCUCUUCCUCCUGCCGCGCGCGCGCGUGUGUGUGUGUAUGUGUUUGUGUACGUGUGUGUAAUAAAAAAAAGAGGGGAGAGCGAGAGGAAAACAGAGGGUACGCGUCGGGCGAUCACGACAGCCGGAUGAAAUUCGCGGUGAGGAGCGGUCGUCGCGGUGUCUCACGACGCUCAUCCACGCAACGGCUUUCGCCUCGUUGCGUGACUGACGGCAACGGGAUCGAUUAAUUAACAAUGAAGAGGAGUCAUCACGGUCCGUGAGGGACACAUCCGGAGUCGGCAGGGAGCGGAAGAGAAACUCGAUGCGGAUCCGGCCGUCGUGGCUUCUUCAGGCACGUCGACGUUCGUGGGACGUUGCGGGCAAGUUAAUAUUCCGCGUUAAUUAGCGGCCUGAGCAGCGAAGAUCGGGGAGAACGGCGAAACGGCGUUAAUGCGCGCAGCGCAAAGCGCGAGAGAGAUGUGUUCGUGAUGCGAGAAGGAGCGGCGAGUGAGGGUGGUGAUUUGUUCUGAGGGGAAUACAUACAUAUAUAUAUACACGUGCACAGUGGCGGUGGUACACACCUGGGUAACGUCGUGCGCGCGGAAAAAGGUAGGAAGCAGCCGAGAGAGAGGAGACACACACCGCGGAUCCUCGCGUAAAAAGUUCUGCGAACGCGCUCGAGGGAGAGCCGGAAGAGUUGCGGCAGACGACAAACAUUUGCGGGGGGCAACGUUUACGCCGGAAGCCAUCGCUCUCCUCUCUCCUCUCUCCUCUUCUCCUAUCUCGCGGCCCAACAACUGACGAUAAAAGGAGAGUCGUUAGAAGCCUGAGAAGAAACGGAAGAAGUGGAGGUAGAGGAGCCCGCAAAAUGACCGAAGUAAGCUGGAGUAAUAGCGGAACUAGUGCUUUCGCACGGAUACACGAGAGCUAAGCGCGGUUAUUGCUCGCGGCCGGCUCGCUGGCGAAGGAAAAACACGUGGCGCUGUUGAGAGAUUAAAGGAACGGGAUUCACCCGUCUGGAUCGAUUAAAUCGUACGGAAGUUGGAUAAUAAGAAGUACGAGGCGAUAAUUCAAUUUUGAUUGAAUCCGCGCAAGGUGUCGGCGAUAUCGGUAUUUUUGCGACUCGCGCCCGUACGGCAAAUAGAGAGGAGACUCGGAGGCAAGCCGCGACGAGCGGUCCGGGGCCGGCCGCUGAAGACAUUCCGCGCGAUCCCCUGCCGUGAAAUCGGAACGCAAGCACAGGAAUUUUUUUCGAGAUAACCGACGUGAUCGGUAUUCCCUGGGUUUUCUUAAGAAGCGUACAGGCGGCAACGAGGAAUUCCGCCGCGCGAGAGAAGCGACGGAACGUGGGAAGGAACGUCGUCUCGCGGCUGUGUGCGAACAAAUCGGCAAACGCAGAGGUAUUCCGGCUCGUUCGGUCGAGCUGCCGGCCGUCGUCGAAUCGGAUGCAGCCACCCGACUGUCUCUAACGCACCGAGGAAUCGACGAUUUUCUCGUCGGGAAACACGUUCUCUUUUCCCGAAGUGCCUCUUUCCCUCUCUUUCUUCCUCUCUCUGCUCUCUUUUUCAAUCCCCCUUUCUCAUUCUCCAUCACUUGGCGAGGAUCGAGGAGCGUUGAGGUUUUCUACGGUAUAGUCGAUUACGCGGAAAUUCCCGACGGUGUGGGCUACGAGGUGUGACUUUUUCCCUCGCUAUCGUCGUCGUCGUCGUCGUCGUCGUCGUCGUUGUACAAACGUUCGCGAUUAUCGCUGCACAAAUGUCAAGUGAACGAUGAAGUACUCGGGGGCGCAGGCGAAGAAGAAGAAGCGGAGCGCCACUUCGCGCGGCGAAUCGUGCUCCAGGUGCGGCAAGUGUCUGACCAAAAUGCAGCUCGUACUACUGUCGGUGCUACUCUACUCCUCUCUGACGACAGCCGCGGCGCUACAACUACUGAAGCUGGAAGUACCCAGCAUUGUAGACCCAAGAUGGGAGAAGGUGUCGUUGAAAUGCGUAUACGAUCUCCACGGCGACGAGCUGUAUUCCGUCAAGUGGUACAAAGACGGGGACGAAUUCUUCCGAUUCAUGCCGGGAUCGACACCGACCGGGAGGGACUACACUGUCAAAGGCGUGUUCGUCGACGUCAGCCAGAGUGACAACAAGCAAGUGACACUUCUAGGUCAAGCGCAUGCCGACCGAAGAGGUGAAGUCGAUCUGGCGGGCACCUACGGCUGCGAGGUGUCGUCUGAAGCGCCGAGCUUUCUCACUGCCUAUGACGAAGCGAAUAUGAGUGUAGCUGUACCACCCAAGACUGCCCCGGCACUCGAAGGAGUACGACCUUCUUACGAGGUCGGAGAGAUCCUCGAGGCGGAAUGCACGUCGGGGUUAAGUUACCCUCCAGCAGUUUUAACGUUCAUCUUGAACGGUAAAGAGGUGAACAGAGCUUUAACCAAAACCUUGCCGAUGAGCGGCACCAUAGACGGAAGCGUGGUCUCGACGACGAGACUGGGCCUGACGUUACGCUUGGAACGAGCCCACUUUCCUGGCGGCGCCCUCAGCCUGACCUGCCAAUCGGCGCUGCCGGGCAUCGCGAAUGUUCAAGUGCUCAAGACAAUCGAAAUCGCCACUCUGGCAGCCAGUAACCAGCGUCUCGCCCAGGAACCCCCGAAGUCGGGCUCGUGGCCGAGCGUAAGCACCUGCCCGGGCCUGAUCUGCUGGACGACGCUGGUGAUUCACGUCGUGCGUCGCGGCGUUCCCCGAUUUCUCUAAUGCACCACGUACGUACGUAUCCGCGUACGGCGCUCGACGGCACCGGGAUCCGCGUCGUCAGCUACCGCGAUUAUCUUUCAAGUUCGUACUAUAUUUAGUGCUAUACACGCUGCAUACGUCUCCACUUGUCGCCCUCGUCAUCGGGAAAGUGUCGCGGUAUCGUUGUCGACGAUCGUCAUCGGCUUCUAUCUCUCUGCCUGUGUGUUAAUCGACGAUCGUGCGCGAGCGGUCCCCAGGGUACCCGCGAUGCCUGUGAGCAUCACGUUCGGCGUUCCGAAUCUUCGCGUACCCUGUACACGUUCACUCGCAUGUAUACACCGUGUUAGGACACCUCGUAUAUAUAACCUAGCGGAUUAUUCGGAGGUACGACGAUAGCAAUACAUCACUACUGCGUAAAGUAGGUCGAAACGCGGACGCAUGGCGUUGUACAUAGUGUAUAAUUGUGGAUUAGCGUUACAGGUUAUCGCGUAUAAUUAACGCGAGGGCGAAAAGAAGGAGGGAGGGAGGGAAGAAGGGUGGAUAACGGAGAGAAUACGAUGAAAGUAAACGAGAUGAAAGAAACGUACGAAAGAGGUGAGAGUUAAUCGGAAUUCGCGCGAGAGGAGAACGGCGCGGCGGGAAAAACGUCGCGGCCCGAAAUAUCAACUAAAGUCAGACCAGAAGUAUAGUUUAAUAAAUAUAGAUGUGUGUGCGAGCCGCGAUCCCUCACCCCUCUAGGUGUGUACGGCUCGACGUCGACGUAUAUAGUGUAUAAUUGUGUGGUUAAUUCGACUAUAUUUUCCACAUCCGAUCUUCCUCGACGGUGGGCGAGAUUCUGCGUAUGCGUAAGGGAUAUGCCUUUGUUCCACUGUAAUUUUACAUGAAUCCAAGUCUUGUCGUUAUCAUCGAAGUGAUUGCAGUAAUAAAAUAAUUUAAUCUA